AACGAAUUUCUCUUUAAAAACAUGACUUCUCUUAUAUGCGCAAGUGUGAUUCUUGUUAUUGCCACGGCCGCGUUUGUACAAAAGUUAUCCAGCAGCGACUUGCGUGGGAGUGGAGGAGCCAGUCGGACGUGUUUUUGUCAGCACACAUUUACUUUACUUCCACUUUGCGUGCGUGUGUCUCUGUACACUUUUUACCCGAGAAUAUACCGUUUGUUAAAAAUGCGUAAUUACGCACGAACGGGGUGUAAAAGUUGACAGGGGUUUUUUUUGGUGUGGAAUAUACUUAUUGGAUUAUUUUGGAGCUUUCGUGAUGGAGGACGAUCAGGACAAGGUGUCAAACAAAGACGGAGGUAGAAACGAUGUCGUCCGAGCGUCGUCCUCAGAGAUGUUAGUGCACAGUUUUUCCGCUAUGGACCGUCACGACGGCACCAGCAACGGGACAGCCCGGCUACCUCAGCUGGGCGGCGUGGGUCAGAGUCCCUACACGAGCGCCCCUCCGCUCUCCCACACGCCCAACUCAGACUUCCAGCCCCCGUAUUUCCCCCCGCCCUACCAGCCCAUCUACCCGCAGUCUCAGGACCCUUACUCGCACGUCAACGACCCGUACUCCCUAAACUCCUUGCACGCCCAGCCGCAGCCGCAGCACCCGGGCUGGCCGGGCCAGAGGCAGAGCCAGGACGGCGGCCUGCUGCACCAGCACCGCAGCCUGCCCCACCAGCUGUGCCGGGACUACCGCAGGGAGGUGCUCCUACCGUCCGGUCACGGCCUUGAUACGGGACUCUCGGACUCUAUACCAAUCCAUGGAAUACCUCACUCUUUAGAAGAUGUCCAGUCUGUUGAGGAUCAAGGAAUUCACAUUCCCGACCAGACUGUAAUUAAAAAAGGUCCAGUGUCUUUAACAAAGAACAACAUCUCCGGUAUCCCCAUCAACAAAGACGGACUUUUCGGCGGGGUGGUCAACCCCAACGAGGUGUUCUGCUCGGUACCGGGCCGGCUAUCGUUGCUCAGCUCCACAUCCAAGUACAAGGUGACGGUGGCGGAGGUGCAGCGACGUCUCUCCCCGCCGGAGUGCCUGAACGCCUCUCUCCUGGGCGGAGUGCUACGGAGGGCCAAGUCGAAGAACGGCGGCCGAUCCUUGCGGGAGAAGUUGGAUAAAAUCGGCUUGAAUUUACCUGCGGGCAGACGCAAGGCGGCCAACGUCACCUUGCUGACGUCACUAGUAGAAGGAGAAGCGGUGCAUCUUGCCAGGGAUUUUGGUUAUGUGUGUGAGACCGAGUUUCCCGCCAAGGCAGUAGCUGAAUAUGUAAACCGUCAACACUCCGACCCAAACGAACAAGUCCAAAGAAAAAACAUGCUAUUGGCAACCAAGCAAGUGUGCAAGGAGUUCACGGACCUGUUGUCCCAGGACCGAUCGCCGUUGGGAAACUCCCGGCCGCAGCCCAUCCUCGAACCGGGCAUCCAGAGCUGCUUGACCCACUUCAGCCUCAUCUCGCACGGUUUCGGCACCCCGGCCUUGUGCGCGGCCGUCACGGCCCUGCAGAACUAUCUGACGGAGGCCAUCAAAGCCAUGGACAAAAUGUACCUGAACAACAACCCCAACAGUCACUCAGAUAACGGCACUAAAGGCGACAAAGACGAGAAGCACAGAAAGUGAUACCCCCCUGCAGCCCCCACCCCCUCCUUCAUUUCCACAUAAAAAAGGGGCCAAACCCUGGGGGCCCUUUUUUUUUUUUCCUGCAGCACCCUGCACUGCACCCUGUUGUCCCGCCUCCUGCAGGGCUCAUCCAAUAUAAAUAUAUAAAUAAUAAACUUCCAUAUCCCCCCACGACCCCCCCCCCCCCCCCCCAACACACACAACAUUUUCUGGAUUCGCUGAGGAAAACCUGCACCACUUCAUGAUGAUUAUUAUUAUGAUGGAAAAAAACGAAAAGAAAAAAAACAACAACUACCCUGCAGGGUGUGGAAACUCAAAGACUUCGAACGCUUUAUCCCGCCUUUUUUUGUGGACCCAUCAUCUCAAUUUUGUGACAAAAAAAGGAGGAUUAAUUCUUCUAUCAGUAUUGUGAAUAUAAUAAUAAUAAACUUGAAAUUCCACCCCGUCAUCACUUCUUUCUCCAAGCGACCAACUUGAACUUUUUUUUUUGUUUUGUUCGAAUUUCAACACGAUUCGCAGUUAUAUAAGGGAAUCAGUGUUCAUGUAUGUAUAUAUUUAUUAUUUAUGUGUAAUUUAACGGGAAUUGUAAAUAUGGUGCGUCUGUUGAAACUUUUUGUUUUGUUUUUGUUUUGUUUAAUUUAUCUGGUGCCUCCUGUUUUAGUGGGUUUUAAUAUUCGGUUCUAGUUCUUCAUGUGAUUUUAUGGUUCUUAUAGAGAAAAAAAAAGAAAAGAAAGAAAAAAAAAAAGCAGAAGUUUUGGGGUAUUUUUUUUAUUUCUCUGGGAUAUUUCAAUGCAGCCUUCUUGUAGCAUGUCGAGGCCGCAUUGAAGCAAGUGAACAAAUCGAAUAGAAAUAAACUUCCAAUAUUAUAGAAAUCAUCUUUAUUCCGUUCACCCCCCCCCCCCUCCAUUUCCCAACUGGUUUUUAUUUGGUUUCUAUUUUUAUACGUGUUGUGCCAAUCACAAAUUAUUGUUCUCUUCCUGAAGCGCCAUAAAAGCAAUAAAUGGAUUUUUGUGUUUUUUUGGGGAGGGGCGGGGGGGACUACCUUAAUAAUUAAUAUCUUGUUCUGUCCGAUAAUGUCCAAAAAUUGGAGGCGAUUUUAGCUGUAUUGUAUAGACACGUGCUGGCAAUAGUUCCCAUGCCUGUCAAUGUAUUAUAUUCCUUUGUUGCCCAGAAAAAAAAUAAAUAUUUGAUACGCUU